AUGGGAUCCAUUUCCAUUGAGCCACUGAGGCCUCGUUUAGUUUCAAGGGCCGAUUAUCUUAGGGCUCUAAUCCCCCUCGGGGGGAUUUCUAUGGACUCUCCCACACCACCGGGAGAUUACCAUGCCAGUUUGGUCAACAGGGGGAGGGGUGGAGAUCACGUCCAGAAAAAGUUGCAGUCGUCGGAGGGGGCCAAAACUUUGAUGCAGAUGGAAGAUCUGGAGAAGGAGGAGGGUGACGGUUGCGGUCCGUCGCCAUCGCUGGAGGGGAGCUUCGAUCUUGAGCACCGUAGGGAGGAGGUCAGGGGCAUCGCUUCGGUCGACGGCGCCUGUUGUUCACUCGUAUCGCUCGAGAUGGGGGUUUCCUUUCCGAUCUCUGGGGUCGUGGCGUUUCUUCCCGUGGAAGCGAUGUGGGUCGGGCAGGGCUACCUCUCGUACAGAUGCAUCCAAAUGUCGCGGCGGGUCUCCCGGGGCCAACUCAGUCCGAGGUUCUCUGGCCCGGGGAAAUAG